AUGGAUGCCCUACGACAGAGAAUCGCUGUUAUCGACAGCAUGAUCAUCGUAGCCCGUCAGUGGCUACGUGAAGCUCCGACUAGACAAGAUGCGGAGCAGAGAAGGGCUGAUUUGGAUCGGCUUGAGGCCGAUCUAGUAGCCCAGCAGGCGAGGCUUAAUGCCUUAAUGUUAGCAGAGCAGAUUAGAGUGAGGACUCAGGCUGGGUCAUAG